AUGGGCGUCGGGAUUGCUUCCACCGUCGUUACGCUGCUGAUUUCGGGCGUCUUGGUUCUCGUUACCGCUGGCCUCGAAUGUAGGCCGGUAGUAGAUCUAGGAACCUCGAGGCACCGCGCGAUUGAAAAUGCUACCACGUCGCAUUAUACUUUCAAAAACAUCCCUUACGCCCAACCCCCUAUUGGCGAUCUCCGUUUCAAGGCACCGGUGCCGAGAACUACAGUUAAUCGCAGCAUCGACGAGGGCCUCGACACGCGGAUAUGCUACCAAGCUACAGGGAAUAAUUCCGCGUAUACUCUGCCCAUCGUUCGAGACUACGCCUCUACUUGUGGGAAUACGUCGAAUAUGGCUCUUGGUAGUUCUGAGGGCUUGGUCCAGUCUGAGGAUUGCCUUCUUCUCGACGUAUACGUGCCGAAACGAGUCUGGCGGAGUCGCUUCGAGGAGAAACGUCCGGUGCUAGUGUGGCUUCAUGGCGGCGGAUAUACAAAAUGGUCAAAGGAAGCUAUUGAUCCGACUGGCAUCUUGGCUCAUAGCCUCAAAAGACACCGAGGAGGAAUGAUCGUCGUGACGAUAAACUAUCGGCUAAAACCCGGCAUGGAAGGUGUUUGUUCCAACGCUGGUCUCUACGACCAACGGCUCGCUCUCUAUUGGGUACAAGAGCACAUCCACGUAUUCGGAGGCGAUCGACGAAGGGUGACACUCAUCGGAGAAUCAGCUGGUGGAGGAAGCGUCCUAGCACAGCUGGCCGCGUUCGGGGGAGAAUACGGGUCCUCCCCAUUCCAGCGGGCCGUUGUCCAAAGCCCUGCGAUAAAACCGAUACUCAGCGCUAAUCAGUACGAAACGGUCUAUGACUACCUUCUGGAAGAAUCGGGUCUAGAUGGAUACGAAGAGUUGAAGGGACUCUCAGGCACCGAGCUUCAGGAAAUUAACAAGGCCAUGGUCGGGAACGGCUCCAUUGCCAAUACUAUUUUUCAACUGAAUGUAGAUGGGAGGUUUCUCCGGGAUGUGCCCGCUCGUAUUCUGGCCCAGCGUAAAGUCGAUAGGUCGGUAGAAGUGCUCGUCGCUCAUAACAGUCGAGAAGGCGGUCUCUUUAGUGACACUCGCGUUCAAGAUGACGAAGGCUUCCGAGGGUACUUCUCCAAUCUUCUCCCUGAUCUACCGCCUGACAAGCUUGACGUUCUGGCCACCGAGAUAUACCCCCUCGACUUCUCUGGAGCACUGCCUUACCGAAACCAUACGGAAAGGCUGAUGCUAGCAGCUGGGGAAUCCAUUUUCGACUGCCACGCACUUGCAACGAAUCUUGCCUACGAAAACAACACCAGGGGCUAUUGUUUCGACAUGUGCCCUGGGAUCCACGCCCAAGACGUAUCGUAUUCGCUUUACAAUGAAGAAGAAACAGAUAUCUUCGGAGUUUCGAUUGAUGGAGACACUGCAGAGCAAAUGCAGAGCUGGAUAGUUGACUUUACGAUCAUGGGAAACAGACACGGGAGUAAAACGAGAGAAUUGCCGGUUUAUGGGCCCGACGCUAGGAUCCUCCAUGUGAAGAAUCGAGAAUCGACGGACGCCGAGUUUCCAAUUAUGAAAGACCCUGCGGCAAAUUCUAGGUGUCGGUUCUGGCUCGAAGAUGUCAUCUAUUGA